CAGUAUCAAAGUCCCAUUCCAUCAUGCCUGCUCCGUUGAUUUUCAUGACCGGUGCUACUGGUUUCAUUGGCAGUGCCACGGCUGUUCAAGCUCUCAAGUCCGGAUACCAACUUCGACUUGGCGUUCGCCAAAAGUCCGAGAAACUUCAAUCAUUGUUGUCAGAGUACCGCGAACAGGUGGAAUUCGUCAUCAUCCCAGACCUCACCGAGGAGGCUGCGUUUAGAGGGAAGCUUGAUGGAGUGGACUAUGUGCUCCACCUAGCAUCGCCUCUCGCCAACGGCACAGACAAGGAAGCGAUUUUCUCCCCCGCGAUGAACGGAACACUGGCUGUGCUCAAAGAGGCAGCUAAGGUCCCCAGCAUCAAGAAGGUUGCGGUCACUUCAUCUAUCGCUGCCCUGAUUCCUCUUGCUGGACUUCCUGACGGCGGUGUCAUUAGAGAGGACAACGACUGGGAUCUAGCUGUGGAUCCCACAGCAGAUUUUGUUGACCCCAACAACCCUGCGGCAACCCCGAUGACCUUGUACCGAGCGUCCAAACUGCUUGCGAACAAUGCGACAUGGGACUUCUGGAGAACAGAAAACCCGCAUUACGCACUGGUCACUCUCCAUCCGUCAUUUGUCUAUGGGCACAAUCUCGUGCAAGCCUCCGGCAAAGAGAUCGAAGCCGGGUCCAAUGGAAUUAUUUGGGGUAGUGUGAUGGGAGGCGUCCCACUUGGAGGGAUCACGGGUGUGCACAUCCAGGAUGUUGCCGAGGCCCAUAUCAGGGCGUUAGACUCGAGGAUCAAGAAUGGUGCGAAGUAUCUGCUCUCGGGCCCGCCAACAACAUGGAAAGAGGUGGCUCGGAUUGCGCACAAGCUCUACCCCAAUGUUGGUGUGAAGCUUACCGAGGGUGCCGAGGGUGCCUCUAUGCCAACUGAUACCACCAAAGCCGAAGUCGAACUGCAAAUGCAAUGGCGACCUUGGGAGCAGAUGGUGCGGAGCGUGAUGGACCAGCAACUGGGCUUUCUGUCAGGUUGAGCCAUGGAAUGCUUGUAGCUAGAUCUUAACUUCAUGA